AUGACUCAUAUUAUUAGAACAAUCGCUUCAAGUGCUAUUUUAACUAUCAAUCGUUCAACAUGUGCUACUCUCCGUACAGGUUUACCUGUUCAUGUUCGCACUAUAUUCUCUAGUACUGGUCUUGGUCUUGAAAAUUUUAAAUUGGCUCGCGAACAACAUAUUUCACGUCAUGCUCCCUCACUUGAUGGUUUUAAAAAACGUUUUCUUGAUUCUAUCAAUAAAUCUGACUCGCAAAUAUUCACUGAAGAUUUACGUAAUAUGAUUAUGUCAGCUGAUACUGAUGAAGAAAUAGAUGGUGUUAUUCAAGCUUUAAAAAAAUAUAAUUCAAAUAAACUUAAAUUUACUGAUUAUCAUUUUGGUUCACCUGUUAUGCGUUUAUUAUAUAUUCGUAAUAAACCCGACUUAGCUAUGAAACUUUUUAUGGAUGAUAGUUUAAAAGACAUAUUUCAAGAUUCAGGAUCAGCUCUUAUUCUUUUAAAUAAAUUAAUUGAAGAUAAACGUUUUGAUGACGCUGUUAAAGUAUUUGAAUAUGGAAGUGAACGUGGUUUUUCUACUACAAGUGGUCGAACAUAUCCAACAGAUGUUGUUAUGUUAACAAUUGAAGGAUUGUAUCGACAAAAUACAAAAGCAUCAUUGGCAAAAGCUAAAGAAUUAAUAUCGAAAGUAAUGCAACGUGAUUCUGAUGUUAAUCCACGUACAGCUUCUAUGAUUGCUUUAUUAGCAAUUCAACAAGGUGAACCUUCAUUAGCUAUGGAAAUUCUUGGUGCUGUUCGUGCACAAAAUUUAACUACAAUACAAAAUAUUCGAGCAAUUUGUUAUGCUGAACUCGGACGAGUAGAAGAAGCAGUCAAUGUUGUUCAUUUACUUGCUGAUCAACCACCAGUUGAUGAUGAUCGUCGUCGUGUAUUUCCACUUGUGUUACAAUAUAUUCAAAAAGCAGUAGAUAAAACAGAAAAUCAAGAUGUUAAAACACGUUUUGAAGAUUUAAAAAAAUUUGUUUCAACAAAUAAUCGUUUAUCAACUACUGAUUUAGUUGAUUUUAUGAAUGAACCUAUAACUCGUCGUGGUGCUAUAUUGCCUAACAAACAAGGUGCACAAGGAAAUUCUCGUGACAAUUACCAACGAACUGGUGGUAAUUCUCGGGACUCUGGCUUUCGAGGAGGUUAUAAUCAAAACUCAGGUAAUAUGAGACAACGAAGUGGUGAUGGUGGUUAUAAUCGAGAUAAUAAUCGUCGAUUUGAAAGUGGUGGUUAUGAACGACGUUCACAAUAUUCGUCUAAUGAAAAUGAACGAUUCUCAAAUCGUAAUGAAUAUUCUCGUCAAGAAAAUCCUGGUCAACAAACAUCACGUUUAAAUCGAAAUGAUAAUACUAAUCUACGUGCACGAGAUCAAAAUACUUCAAAACGUAACGAAACUAAACCUGGAACAAUGGAAACUACAUCAACAUCACCUAUUCCACAACGUUCAAAACAAGUUACUGAAGAUAAUAAACAACAAACAAGACGAAAAACUGAUGAUCAAUCAUCAUCAUUUAGUAAAAGAGAUGAAAAACAAUCCGGUGGAAAUACAGGAGUUCAACAACAAAGUCCAUGGGAUCAAGCUGACAAAAAAUCAGCUUAA